AGAAACUGUUGAAAGAGCCUGCCUGCACAUCUUUAUCUUUAUUAUCUCAUAGACCAGAGGAACCACAUGUUACUUUACAAAAUCUCAAACUGAUUUAGCUGAAAAUCGUCUCUUUGUUGAAAGGAAGAGUGAAAAUCUGCAGCAGGAAAAUGAGUUGCCCAAGAGUUCUUCUCCCCCCUCCGGUGGUGAAACCAGGCAAGCUGUCAGGAUGCUACGAUCAGAACCAGCCUCUUUACCGAUCAUUGUCCAUGGCUCCGCUGAAACCCAAACAGCGUUACUGUUUACUUACUGACCUUCCACGAAGAAUCAGCCUUCAUUCGGCACAUCUUUCCUCCUCUCCAACCUCAUAUUCUGUCCCUGCGAUGCCACGAAGCUGUUUGCGCAGAGGCGGCUCCAGGAUGUACAAGAAACAAGUGGUUUUUGCAGAUGAAAAAGGAAAGCCGCUAACUGUUGAGCAUCUGUUUACCCCUGAGCCCUCCUCUCCAACACCUAUUUCAACAACGAGACCCUCUACACGGAAUUUAGAAGUCCAACAAAAUCACUCAAACAAAUUUCACCUCCCCAAGUUUUACCUGGGUUUCCCUCCACCCACAGAGAACUCUGAUGCAUUUGUUGCACGUCUGCAAGAGAAGUGUGUGCAAAUGGAGAGCUGCAGAAUUUCAGAGAGAAUAUUGAGUGGCCUAGUGUACGUUUAUCAUAGCAGCCUAAAGAAGACUGUAAAUAUUAGAGUGACUUUUGAUUCAUGGAAGAGCCACAAAGACAUAACAUGUAAAUUCUCGGAACACAGGCUAUGCCAUGGCCUUGAUGUAGAUGUGUUUACCUUUGAUGUAAGCUUACCCCAGAAUAUCAACCAAAAUGAACGAAUUGAGUUUCUCUUCACAUUCAGCCCUGGACAUGGCUCUACACUUCACUGUGAUGACAACUUUGGGCUACAAUACAACGUGCUUCAGGAAAAUGCUGGAUCAUGGGCUGGCAAUGACUACACAAGGAACUUUUACCCAUUCCUUUCAAAGUACAAGCCAGCUGUUUCCCUACAGUUGGCUUCUUAUCUCCAAAACUGUGAUGAUUUGAAGUAUCUUCGAAGUCAUCUGCUAAGUAGCAGAUCAUUCAGCGGGCAACUAUGUUGAAUGGCAUAAAACCUCCAACAUACUCUGGAUAGAUAUGAAAGCCUAAAUAUCCUGCGAUAAUGUAAAUACUGUAUUAUUAAAUUAUUGAACCACUUUUUUUUUACUUCUACUGAAGUAAAAUAUUUUUAAUGUUAAUGCAACUUUUAAAAAAAACGUAUCUGUAAAAAGUAAAUAAUCGAAGGAAUGUUUGUUAUUUUACUAUUUAUGUUGUCUCAAAACCAUGUUGUGUUCUAUUCUCAUCACCUGCCAAACCACAUGGAAACAAAACAAAACGAUCUUGUGGGAAAACAGUUUGGAUUGAAGAAAAUGUUCUAGACACUCCUCUGGCUUUGAACAUUCUUUGAAUUGUUACAUCUUGUACUAUAGAUAACUGGUUUGACAAACCCCGAGCCAGCACGUACCGUAGUGUAUGUAUGGGCUAGUGUUUACAGGAAAGGGUGGAGUCCUUAUUUUACACCCUAGCAACCACAGAGAGAGCAUACCUGCUCUUAUUGCAACAUUUUCUCCACUUACUUUAGCUUCAGGCUACUGUGUCCCAUUUUAACCUUUGCAAAUCUUUACAGGUUUGUGUAAUCAGUUGAAAUGUUGUACAUGGUUUGUUUACAUCAGCUUGAACCCUUGUCAUUUCUUUGAAGAUAAAAGAAACAUAUUUUUCACAAUAUUUUGCAAAUAAAAUCUGAAAAGUAUUGCAUCCCUUUUU